AUGUCGAGAUCUGGUUGUCCUCCCGUUGUUGCAAGUUGUUUGCUGGAACCGGCCGUUCUAUCACUCUUCAUCGAUUCUGAAUUCCAUUUUGGGGUUCAGCCUCUUUUGUGCUUCCAGUCCUUUCUUGCUUUGACAGCUGUGGAAUGCGCAGGUAAAAACGUUCCACUAUUGCGGACAUUUGCCAACCUGCCGUUCUAUAAAUUAUCAGCCAAAUUUCAGUUCUCAUCUUUCCUUAGAAAUCACCUACUUUCACUUUUGGAUUAUACUUUCUAUAUUUUUUUUCCAAACGUCAUAUGAGGUCAAUUAUGUACACAAAUAUAUUUCGUAAAAAGCCCGACUCAGCCAAGUAAACAUGACAAACAAAAAAAAAAUUGAAAACAUUUUUGCCAGUACGCUACCAAUUUAUGCGGUUUUUUCAGGUUUUCAUCAAUUUUCUCAUUUAUUCCCUCAUACUCGAAAUGAUAAGCCAUAAAUUGUAAUUUUCAUUGUUUGGAGCGGUGCGAAAACUCACGCGCUCAUCAGUUAUUAUCAACUGGUCUACCGGGUUCUCCUCUUUGUCUUUGUUUUCAAUUCCAUUUUCGGACAGUCCACCUGAAACGUCCACUCCGUUUCCUUUUUUUUUCUUGAUCUGACCGCGAGAAUUGAUAACGUGUCAAAAUGAAUUGCAGUUUAUAGCGCAAUACUUAUCAGUUUGUUUUUUUCAGACAUUACGCUCUUUGCCCCGUCGUCACCCGCACCAAGAAAGAUGAGCAUCACGAUCCUCAACGAUCCGCAGCUCUCCUCCGACGUCUACGACCUUCUUAUGUCGAACAGUCCGCAGAGCCUGAGCAGCACUGAAUUCUGCGAUUCUUCAGCAGAAGCCUGUGUGGUCGCCUAUCCGUUCUACCGGAGGACCUCAACCAAUACCUUUGCCGUCUGCCAAAGGUUACCUACGUCAGCAACCUACGCCAAUCGGCCGUUCGAAGAUCGCUAA